AAACUGUAACUGGGCUGGUCCGAAGGGAAGGAAACCCUAACCUAAUUGUUGCCGCACUAUAUAAAUACUGAUAACUCACAAAUCCAGAAACCCUAGCGAUUGACAGAGCCUAUCUUAUCCCUGAACUCUACAAUUAGCGCCUUCUGCUUGAACAAAGGAGGCCUCUUGCCGUGACUGAAAGAUGGCGACCGCUAAGACUGUCAAGGACGUAUCUCCCCACGAAUUCGUCAAGGCUUAUGCUGCACACCUCAAGCGAUCUGGCAAGAUUGAGUUGCCUCCCUGGACUGAUAUUGUGAAGACUGGUAGACUCAAGGAGCUUGCACCUUAUGACCCAGACUGGUACUAUGUUCGAGCUGCCUCCAUGGCUAGGAAGAUUUACUUGAGGGGAGGCCUUGGUGUGGGUGCCUUCCGAAGGAUUUAUGGUGGGAGCAAGAGAAAUGGAAGUCGUCCACCCCAUUUCUGCAAGAGUAGUGGUGCUAUUGCUCGUCACAUCCUUCAGCAAUUGCAGAAUAUGAAUAUUGUUGACAUCGACCCAAAGGGGGGAAGGAGAAUAACUUCAAGCGGUCAACGGGAUCUUGACCAAGUGGCUGGGCGAAUUGUGAUUGCCCCUUGAUCAAUCAAAUGUGGAGCUAUGCUAAGGAAGAGUAUUUAUUUUGUUAGUUUUAGCUUUCUGUUUUAGAGUGCUGAAGAGAUGUUGCUACAGAAUCAGAUAACAUGUGAUGAAAUUUUUUGGUUUCAGCUGUCGGUGUUUUUGAGAUAAACAUGGGUUCCCUCUCGUUUGCUUUUUAUUUAUGGCAUUUUUGGAUUUA